AUGUUUUAAUCGAUGAAAUCAUAUUUUGAAAUUGCCUUGCUAUUUUUGCCUAAUGGGGUGUGUAAUUUCAUCUCAAUAACAAAGUCAGCCUAUGAAAUUGCUAAUAUAGUUCAAUCUAAAUUUCUACCAGAAUAUUAAUCAGUGAUGGAUGCCUAAAAUUAUUAAACUAAUAAUCCUUUAUUAUAUUCCUAAUUAUUCUAAGGGUCUUUGAAUCUAGAAACUAUAAAAAGAAAAUCAGUCACAUUAUAGUAGACUUGCUAAAAGAACAUUUAAAAGUUCUUAUCUAAUUAUCAAUUCAAUUUAGAAUUAAAUAUACCAAAAAUUCGUGAUGAAUUUUAUUCUAAAAAUUUAAAUUGUUGCAUUAUAGACCUAAAUGUAAUUUCAGCAAACUUACCUCAUUAUCUUGAGACUGCUGAGUUGAGAUAAUUCAAUGAAGAAUAAUUAAAUUAAACAAUUAAUCAACUCUCUAAACUUUUUAUGGAAUAUGUUGAGGGAUAAUUCCAUUCAGAAUCCAUUAUCAACGAGUUUAAACAAAAUUUCUAAGAUAUAGUUAGGGAUGUUUAUAGAUCAAUUAUUUAGGUUGCUAAAAAAUAACAUAAGGAGAUUUAUGAUAAAUUAAUCAAAAAAAUAAAAUUAUUUUACAAAAAUUAUUUAAACAAUUCUGCUUUAGAUGGUGCUUGUACAACAAUUAAAGAGAACAAUAUCCCUUUAUUUUAAAUUAAGAAAUUUAUUCAUAAUUUUUUUGCUUAAAAUCUGAGCUAUUUUAAUGAUGAAUUAGAAGACUUCUUCAAGUUUUAAUUAUCUCAUGUUGUGAUUUUGAGGUAUGUUUGCAAAAUAAUCGACCAUUCAUUAUUUCAAUUGAAGUCUUCUCUUCAAAUCUUUAUGAAACAAGAUGGGAUGCAAGAGGCACUUUACUUAAAAACUUAACACCUUUUCUAUCAAUAUUUUGAGAAAAAAGACUUCCUCUUAAUAACAAAUAAAAAAAUUGCUGCUAAAUUGUUUUACUUAUUUUUAUAAAUUGAUUUAUAAUCAAAAGAAUUCGGAACCAUAUUAGAUAUACUCUCUUAGUAUGCUGAGAUUACAAAAAAUGAUUGCUCAUAAUAUGGAAGCGAACCUUUAAUCGAAUUCAGGAAAGCAUAUCAAAAUGAAAUUGAAUCAGCUAAUAAUUUUUGGUAAAAGGCAAUUACUGAAUAAUAAAAUUUAGAGGCAAUUUUUGAUUUAUUUAUUCUUUUAAGUGGAACUCAAUUUUUUAAUGGUUAAUUACUGUUUUAAGAGUACUUAUCAGCCAACAAAAAUAUUAUGAUGAAGUUAAUUAAUUUAAUGAAUGAUGGAUAUUAUGGAUAUUUUAACUGUAAACUAAUCAAAUUAAUGGAGAAAAGAGUCGGAGAAAUUAGGAAUUAAAUAUUUGAUCAACUUGAAAAGUAGAAAUAUAAUGUGAGAUUGUCAGUAGUAAUUUAAGAUAACAGAUUUCUUAUCUCAAUCUUUGAUACUAAUCAAUAAAGCCAAGAAUAAGUAUUUAAUAGGAAUCAAAUGUAUUUUAGUAUCAAAAAUUCACUUAUUGAUAAUUAAAUUAAUUAACUUUACGGCUUAUUGGUUUAAACAUAAAGAAAUUAUUUAAGUAAAAUAAGUAUUCCAGAAAGGAUACAUUUUGAAAGUCUCUAAUCUAAAUUAGAGCAUUCAUCUGUAGUCACUCUCUUUAUUUCAGGAUUUACUGAUUUGAAAGUAUAGAAGAGAAUCUUAGAAGGAUUAAAAGAUUAAAAUCUUAUAGUUUUGAAUUGGAAUAAUCAAAAAGAAGACAAUGGUGUAGGAGAGAAUCUAAGCAAGUUUGUUAAAGAAUUUAUUUCAAAUUCUCCUUUGGAAAUAGUAGUGAAUCUAUUAAAAGCCUACGCCAAUGCUUCAUUUGAAAAAUCUUGUUAAGAAGCCAAGCGUGUAGGAAAAUACUUAGCAUAUUUAUUAAUUAAAAACAAAAUCUUCGGUGAUUGCUAAAUAAACAUCAUAGCUCAUUCCGUGGGAUCAUUAGUAAUGUAUGAAAUGAUGAAAGAACUGGACAACAUGUAAAAUACAAAUCUUAUUAUUAAUGAAAUAUUGAUAUUAGGAGGAAUAGUAGAUGUAAGGAAGCUUCAAAAACGAAGAUGGAAUCAAGUUGAAGGCAGGAUUUGCAAUGUGUUUACUAAAAAUGAUUUGGUGUUGAAGUUAAUGUACAAUACAUUUAGAUUUCAAGAUAUAUUCUGUGGUAAAUAGAUUAAAUAUGAUUAGGUUUGAAUGAAGUGAAAUAAGGAUUCAGAAGAAUUGAGAAUUUUAAUAUGAGUAAUUUAAUAUAAGGACAUGAUGAUUAUGGGGUGCAUAUAUAGAAUAUAUUAAUCCAAACAGACUUUUAGUAAUAUUUAAGAUUUUUAUACGAAUGA